CAGUUAAAAUACCGACUGCAAAACACAACACCAAAAUUCAACAAUUUCUUGCACACUAUGGAUUUUAUUAGCUAUAUAAAUGAAGGAUAUCUUUCAGGUUUAAACAUGUAACUUUACAAUGUAAUCGGUGUCGCAAAACAAGGAAGUAAAUAUCAAUUUCAAAUUCCACGUAUCCAAUAUCAACAGCAAAAUAUUUACAUUAGAAACGUGUGAGACAAUUUGAGGAUUACGAUUUGAAGGUAAAACAUGGCAGUCCCAGGAAAGAAAGCAUCAAAACAAUUUUCAUCAUCAACAACAUCAAUGGCAUCAGAUGAAGAUCUUCAAAUUUACUGCCAGCCUUGUGACGAGGAAGGAACUAGACUACCUGCCCAUGGUUACUGUACUGUCUGCAAGGAACACCUCUGCAAGACAUGCUUCACAGCCCAUAAAAUAAAUAGGCUUUCCAAACAUCAUACAUUGCAGGACGCUACUAAUAUGCCUAAAGUUUUGCAGCAACCCUCAACAUCCAUUCACACAGGCCUCUUAUAUGACUUGACCUUGUCGUGUCGUAAACACCCUAAAGAAAUGAUCAAGUUCUACUGUAAUGAUCAUACAGAAUGUCUUUGCAGUGUUUGUGUUACCCUUGAACAUCAAGCUACUUCCUGCAAUGUCAACUAUAUACCAGACAUUUCUGGUGAUAUAUUAGACAGCAAAGAAUAUCAAGUAAUCUUGAAUGCAGUAAAUACCACUUCUGACAAAUUUCAACAGAUAUUAAAAGAUGUCAAGGACAUGACACACAAAUCAAACAGCUCUCUCAAAGAUGCAUUAGAUGACAUUAAAAAGUUUCGGCAAGAAAUCAACCAAAGACUAGAUGUACUUGAGAGACAGGCUGAAGAUGCAGCUAAAGUCAUAGAACAAGAAAAUAACAAACAUCGGAAAGCAGUAGAAACAACAUGUGAAGAUAUAACCAAAUCCCUGAAGAUAUCAUCAGGCAAAAUUAAACAACUCAACACAACAAAACAAGCUGACAGACUCUUCAUUGAUUUAAAACUUGCAGAGAAAACAAUCAAAAAUAUGGAGAGACAACUAAUAACACUGUCAUCAUUUGAUAUCAAAGAGCACAACUUUCAAUCAAAUGGUGUCAUUUUAAAUUUGUUUAAAACAGAGAAAUCACUGGGUACACUGACACAGAAAGCUGGUAAUACAGAAUGUCAAUCUGUACAAAUAAAGUCAAGACAAUCUUCACAUGUGGGAAAAAUCUGUGUGGAGACAUCAAAAGAUGAAAUAACAUGCAAUAUAACAGGAAUGACUCUGGUGACUCCUGAUCUUCUUAUCAUCACAGACUACAAUAACGAUGCUGUAAAGAUGGUGGAUACCAGCAGCCAAUCAGUGUCUGAUCAACUACAACUAGAUGCUGGACCACAAGAUAUUACAAGAUUCACCAGUACUGAACUUGCUGUCACACUUCCUGACAAAGAAACAAUACAGUUAAUAAUAAUUUCAUCAAACAAACUCAUAAAGAGGCAUACUAUAAAGGUCGAUGGGAAGUGUUAUGGUAUAAGCUGUUAUCAAGGUAAACUUGUUGUGUCAUUCCCUAAUCCUUCAAAACUUCAGAUCCUUGAUAUUAAUGGCACUUUACUGACAACAAUUGAUGAAAAAAAUAAUUUCAAUUGUCCAUGUUAUAUCACAUGUAACAGAAGUUCUAUCUAUGUAUCUGACUAUGUCAUGAAGACAGUUACAAGAUUAAACUGGCAAGGUGAUGUGAUUGGAAGUUAUAGUGGUAUGAGUUUCCCUACAGGAAUGUCACUGUCAGAUGAUGGUACUGUCUUUGUGUGUGAUGAAGGGAGAAAUGUUAUAGAAGAGAUAUCAGGAGAUUGUUCUACAGGAAAGGUGGUGCUGCAGGAUCAGAAGACUCCACAGGCUGUAUGUUGGUGGGGAAAAACAAAGAAGCUGUAUUACAGCUGUGAUAAUUUGGGUGAGAAAUAUGGCAACUGCAUUCACAUCUAUAACCUGUCAUAGACUUAAACAGAGACUUAGUUGAUUAAACAAUAUCAAUUCAUCAUUCAUUCUUCUAAAACUGGCCCAAAUGUGAAAGCAUGAUAAAAAAUU